CAUCAAGAAUCAAUGUGACGAAUAUUUUCAAGAGAAAUAGGCUGAGAUUCGACCGCUCGGGAUAGGAAACAAAGAAUCGAUAUAGUGGUUACAAAUACGCCACCUUGGCCCGGAUCGUACUGUUGCAUCCUAUAUAGGUAGAUGGCUGGUAGUCCUUGGUAUAGAAAUCCCGGUUGUAGAUAAAGGCAUACGUCUCUCGCUAAACCUAACGCUCAUUUUUUACUACCUAACUACCCUUUCCCCUAAAAGUUUCUCGUCGUUUUGCCUCGCCAAGUGAAACAGUAUAACCACAAGAGUCUAUUCGGUUCCCCUUUACUAUGCCUAUAUCAACCUCCUCUCUCCUGACGCUACUUGGUGCCUUCGUCACCACGACUCUGGGACACGGGUACGUGACCGGGUACGUGGCGGACGGCGUGCAGGAACCCGGGUUCCUGUUGCAGUACUACUACGACAAGAAGAAUGGGAUGAGCGUGCCGCCGCUCGCGGCGUGGUACGCGGAGAACCUCGACAGCGGCUUCGUGGCGCCCGACGCGUACCAGACCGCCGACAUCAACUGCCACAAGAACGCGGCGCCCGGCUCGCUCACGACGACCGUCAAGGCCGGGGCCCAGAUCACGUUCCAGUGGGGCACGGCGGCGGGGGGCGCGUGGCCACACCCGUACGGCCCCAUCAUCGACUACAUCGCGCCGUGCGACGGCGACUGCAGCGAGGCGGACAAGACGAAGCUCAAGUGGGUCAAGAUCCAGGCGACGGGCAUCGAUCCCGCGACGCAGGAGUGGGCCAGCGCGAAGCUGAUCGCGGAGAAUAAUACGUGGACGACGACGAUCCCGGCGAGCAUCGCCCCGGGGAAUUACGUCCUGCGCCACGAGAUCAUCGCGCUGCACGGCGGCGGCAGUCUGAAUGGCGCGCAGAGCUACCCCCAGUGCUUCAACAUCGCGAUCACGGGCUCUGGUACGGCGAAGCCGGAGGGUACGCUGGGCACGGCGCUGUAUAAGAAUACGGACCCCGGCAUUCACUUCAGUCCGUAUGGCACGAUUACGGAUUACCCGAUGCCGGGCCCUGAGCUGUUCACUGGUUAGAUAGAUGGGGGUGGUUUAGGGGUUGUUAUGUUAGUCUUGAUAUACGUGUAUAUAGGUAGUCAAGUGCGCUUCAUUAUUCCCACGCAUUCGAAUAAAGUGAAGAUGGUGCAAAGUGACAACCGUAGAUUUUCUGGAAGACGAGUGAAUAUUGUACCUCGUUACUUACCUACCGACUACCAACAAUUGACAUCAUAUUUUCAAAGAUUCAUGGUGACAAGCCGCUCCAAGAAAGCACACUUCUAGGGAUCGACUGAAUGUAUAUAGAGCUUGCUAAUGAAUAAAGUAUUCAGCUCAGUUGCUAGUAUUCGAG